AUGAGUUCUCCAGAAUUACAUCAAACUGCUUCCGACAACGUAUUUCGAAACAAAAUGCUCGUUGACAAAAUCUUGAAAAAUCUGGACUCGGAUAAGGAUUAUUUCAAGCUUCUACCGCUGAGAUUGAUCACCAAGAAGUUUGAUUGCGAAAUAUUGAAACUAAUCAAAAACAAGUGUAAACAUAUUGAAUACAAAAUCGGCAAUGGUGGAUACUAUUAUAUUAAUGGGCAAGAAACUCAUCAUUAUAAAGUUUUAGAGGCGUUUCGAUUCCUUCGAAACGUUGCUGAAAUCGACAUCAAGUCAGUUGAGUUUGAUAUAAGUGGUUUCUCUGUACGCUUUCAUGAAGAAUUCAUGACAACUUUGAUUCUCACUAAUAAAGAAUCAGUGAGAUUUCUAACAAGCAAAAAUGAUAUGUGGUGUCACUUGACACCUGAUCAAGUAUGCCUUCCAUGUAGACGACUAGCUCCACUUUGUCACGAAUACGGACCGAUGACAAUGGACGUUCUUCUGAAUUCUUUCAAAGAUCCUCCCCAUUUCAAAAUGCUGAAAAUAACUGAUUAUUUGAUCCAACAAAUUGCCAAAGAAUGUGUGAAUUCAUCAGAAACAAGAGAUCAAUGCUUGUCACAGAUGCGUUCAAUGAUAACUCCAAAUAUCAGUUGUGAUAAACUUUUUAUCACUUUAUUUUUCUUGGAUUGGAAUAUUGGAGACGCUCCUCAUACACAACCAAAAGAAGUUCUUGAGGAAAUCAUGAGGAAAUGGUGUCCCAGAACUAUUCAAUUAGAGUUCAUCAGAAACCCAUAUCGGAACAUUUCCCAUGAAUGGCGUCGAUUUCCACUGAGAGAAAUUUUUGUUUCUCAAAUUUUGAGAUACAAGGUUGAUGUUUUUCUAAGGAGCUUCUUAUAUAUCAUGGCAGACACAGUUUGGGAACAGUUCUCGGAAAACAAACCAACGUUGUUCCUUCGGCUGGAAUAUUGGAAGUUCGUUCCUAACGAUGAUAUUCUUAUUGAAGUUGAGCAACCCGUCAAUGAUUUCCAGAUAUCUCUGGCGUCAUCAGAAGUUGAUGAAAAAUUCAAAAACUGGAGAAAUGUUUUGGAAUAUCGCGAUCCGGAGAGUAUUAGACAAUCGUUUACAAUGAGACAUAAACUAUCAAACUUGGAAAUUCAUUUCGAAUUGGUUCAUUCAGAAAUGGCAUAUGAAUUGAUCAAGAAAAAUCCAAAAACUGGGCUACAAAAGCGGAUUUAUAAUGAACUGUUUUAA